AUGAGUCCAACAACAAUACUCGAUGAAGACAACAAUGGAAAAAAGGUUGAUGAAACCAUGUAUAGAGAGAUGAUUGGAUCCCUAUUGUAUCUCACUACUAGUCAACCAGAUAUUAUGUUCAGUGUAUGCAAGUGUGCAAGAUUUCAGUCGGCUCCGAAUCCCAUCACUGUUGUUAAACGAAUUAUAAGAUAUCUAAUUGGUACUUCUGAUCUAGGAUUAUGGUAUGAUCAUUCUAUCAAUUUUGCAUUAAAAGGUUUUUCAAAUGUAGAUUUUGCAGGUGACAAGACUGAUAGAAAAAGCACUAGUGGCACGUGUCAACUCUUGGGAAAUGCAUUUGUAUCUCGUCAUAGCAAGAAAAAAAAUUGUGUUGCCCUAUCAACGACUGAAGCAGAAUAUUUAGCAGUCGGAAGCUGUUGUACACAAGUUCUAUAG